AUGGAGGAGGUGACGGAGGAGGUGAUGGAGGAGGUGCUGGAGGAGGUGAUGGAGGAGGUGACGGAGGAGGUGCUGGAGGAGGUGAUGGAGGAGGUGACGGAGGAGGUGACGGAGGAGGUGAUGGAGGAGGUGAUGGAGGAAGUGAUGGAGGAGGUGAUGGAGGAGGUGAUGGAGGAGGUGACGGAGGAGGUGAUGGAGGAGGUGCUGGAGGAGGUGAUGGAGGAGGAGGUGCUGGAGGAGGUGAUGGAGGAGGUGACGGAGGAGGUGACGGAGGAGGUGAUGGAGGAGGUGAUGGAGGAAGUGAUGGAGGAGGUGAUGGAGGAGGUGAUGGAGGAAGUGAUGGAGGAGGUGCUGGAGGAGGUGAUGGAGGAGGUGACGGAGGAGGUGCUGGAGGAGGUGAUGGAGGAGGUGACGGAGGAGGUGAUGGAGGAGGUGAUGGAGGAAGUGAUGGAGGAGGUGAUGGAGGAGGUGAUGGAGGAGGUGACGGAGGAGGUGAUGGAGGAGGUGCUGGAGGAGGUGAUGGAGGAGGUGACGGAGGAAGUGAUGGAGGAGGUGCUGGAGGAGGUGACGGAGGAGGUGACGGAGGAGGUGACGGAGGAGGUGACGGAGGAGGUGCUGGAGGAGGUGAUGGAGGUGGUGACGGAGGAGGUGACGGAGGAGGUGACGGAGGAGGUGAUGGGGGAGGUGAUGGAGGAGGUGAUGGAGGAGGAGAUGGAGGAGGUGAUGGGGGAGGUGAUGGAGGAGGUGAUGGAGGAGGUGACGGAGGAGGUGAUGGAGGAGGUGACGGAGGAGGUGACGGAGGAGGUGACGGAGGAGGUGAUGGAGGAGGAGAUGGAGGAGGUGAUGGAGGAGGUGAUGGAGGAGGAGAUGGAGGAGGUGACGGAGGAGGUGAUGGAGGAGGUGACGGAGGAGGUGAUGGAGGAGGUGCUGGAGGAGGUGAUGGAGGAGGUGACGGAGGAAGUGAUGGAGGAGGUGCUGGAGGAGGUGAUGGAGGAGGGGACGGAGGAGGUGACGGAGGAGGUGACGGAGGAGGUGACGGAGGAGGUGACGGAGGAGGUGACGGAGGAGGUGACGGAGGAGGUGAUGGGGGAGGUGAUGGAGGAGGUGAUGGAGGAGGAGAUGGAGGAGGUGAUGGGGAGGUGA